GAUGGUAAAUUCUUCACAUAUUGAGAUGAUUGUUAGUAAGUUGGUGAAGGAGUGAGUGAGUGCGUUGUGAGGGAGGUGAAGGAGAGGCAGGUGGUGAGGUGUUGUUGACGCGGCCGCCAUCUUGUGAGGUGCUGCUGCUGCUGGCCGUGCUCCGUCUUGGCCUUCCUGGCCAGCCUCUCCUCAUGUACGCAGCCUCCCGCUCUACACACUAACCCUCAGGAUGUCUGUACACUACAAAUUUAAGUCGGCGGUGGAGUAUGACACAUUGCCCGUGGAUGGUGUACACAUCAGUCUCGAGGAUCUGAAAGAGGCCAUCAUACAGCAGAAGAGACUUGGACGUGGGCAGCCAUAUGACUUGCAGAUAACCAAUGCAGAAACUAAAGAAAUAUAUACAGAUGACAAAACGCUGAUUCCGAAGAAUUCAUCGUUGAUCGUUGCAAGGGUCCCCAUCGACCCUGCACAGAUGAAGAGGCCAUGGGAGAACAAGGAAUCGACGGCACUUCUCUUAUCCAACCCAUCAAACCUGAUGAACACGGAAGAUGCUGCUGAAGCUGCCGAAAUUGACAGAAAGAUCAAAGAGGUAACGGAUUUGACCCGCAUGGAUGGCAGUGAAGAUGACAAGAUAAACGCUAUGGUUGCUCAGUCAACGAUGGCUUAUCACCCAUCAAAAUAUGUAAAGCUUCGGGUUAGUAGAAUGAUGGGGUCUGUACCUAUGGACUACAAGUGCUACAAAUGUCAUCAUAGUGGGCACUGGGUUAACAUGUGUCCGCUCAAUAACCAAGACCUGCGCAAGAGCACUGGCAUCCCAUCCAAGUUCUUAGAGGAGGUACAUGACCCAAAUGCUCCAGGUGUUAUGAUCAAUGCAUCAGGCAAACUUGUCCGCUUGCUGGAUAUGGGAGAACCUGACCAUGAAAAAGGUGACCCUCCGCCUGGUCGUCCUCCACCACCUGAAGAAAUUGUGUGCUCAAUUUGCAAGGAGUUAUUAAGAGAUGCUGUUCUUAUACCAUGCUGUGCCACUGCCUAUUGUGAUGAAUGUAUUCGCAAUCAUCUUUUGGAGUCCGAGGACACAAGAUGCCCUUUCUGUACAGCGGAGGAUAUCAGUCCGGACACCCUCAUACCCAACCGCUAUCUUCGUAUCAAGGCUACCCAGUUUGAAAAUGGAUGGCAUAUAUUCGCUAGAAAGCUUGACAGAGUUACAUCCGAGCCUUUGUCAUCCAUUCCAACACACAUCGUGCACUCGAGUAACACUCCAACACCACCCCGGAGCCCUGCUAGAUCCUCUAGCCCAGCUAGCGCUAAAAUGGCUGAGCCAAUUAUCUCCCUAGGAUCUAUUUACCCAUCAAGCCCGUCCAGACCCAACAGUGCUGAAGAGCCUACGGAGAAUGGAGGAGGAGAUUCCGAUAAAGAAAAUAUGGUGGAAACGGCAGAACAUCUGACUCCUUCAGACGUUAUUAGUGAAGCCAUAGAAGAGAGUAACAUUCACAUAAAGGAGCUUCAGGAGGCUGACCAUCAUCAAGUUGGCGAAGAGCAAGAUCACUUGCAAGCUGUGUCAGAAGCUGUCACCGAGGUAGAAGGCAAGCAUAAAAAGAGCAAAAAGAAGAAAAACAAACGCAAGGCUAGUAAGCAUGAAUCUGAGGAAGAGAGGGAAGGUAAAGAAGGGAGGAAGAAAAAGGACAGAAGACAUUCUCAUAGAAGUCAAGAUGGUAAAUCAACUGACACGGAAAAAGAAUUGAUUCACGAGGCACUCGCUGAGUCCGAGAUUAAUGACAAGGUUGUAAUAGAUGCUGUCGAUGACACAUGGAGUAGUAAUAGGCUGAACGAAGAAAGUGUGAAGAGUAGAAGUAAAAGUAGAAGUAGAAGCAGAAGCAAAAGUGUUGAGAAAGGAGAUACAGACAUAAGUGCAAGUCACUUUGAUAAUAUUGUGCCAUUUGAUCCACGCGUACCUCCACCUGGUACCUUCGUCCAGUCUCCACCCAAGGAACCCUUUUAUCCUGUUCCAUCAACAUUUGCAACUACUGCUCCACCAACCCACGUACCUGGUGUGGUAGUUACUACAAACCAAUAUCAUCCAUUUCAACCAGGUGGGCCAUACCCAACAAGUAUGGGACCAUCAGUUCCGGGUACCAAUGUGGCAGUAUCAAGUCACGCUGGUGUUGUACAGGAGCAGCACGCACCUGCAGGGCCUCUUCAUACACGCUCAACUGACCUCUCGAUACCGCCACCAAACUUUGGAAACCCUGGUGUUGGAUAUCCAGGUCAUGUUCUACCUUACACAGAGGCUAUAGAUGAUCCACUGACACUCUUCAACAAACAUUUGCGAGAAAAAGAUGAGCGAGCUCGUAGGUUCCGCAUGAGCAGGUCCAGAUCACGGUCCAGGUCUCCUCCACAUCGUUACCAUUCUAGAUUAAGGUCACGGUCGCCUCGUCGAUCUUGGUCUCGUUCCCGUUCCCGCUCUCGAUCCAGAAGUAGGGUAAUUGGCUCUGGGCCUAGGUCACCUCGCUCACCAGCAAGACAUCGUUGGAGUCGUACGCCACCCAGAGCAAUGGGGUCUUAUCGGUCACAACGAUCGCCUUCAUAUACUAGAGAACGUUCCGUGUCAAAUCAUUCAUUAUCUCUAAGCAGAACCCCCAGCCCGAGUCGACGGAUCAAGUCGUCUCCCCUUCAAGUGCGACCGCCUCUUUCAGAUACCCGGUCACCAUUAAGGACAACAGUAGAUUUUGGAGCACCAAGAGAGUAUGAGAGAUAUGGAGUUAACCAUAUGAACCCUGAAGAAUAUCAGCCGUUUAUUAUGGGUGCUACUCAUUGGGAUCCACCUGCAAGGUAUGAUCUUCCUGGCCAUGACAACUUUAGAACUGACUUCCAAGAGCCCAGAGGACGUGGUAAUAGAGGACGCCGUGGUAGAGACCGUGGAGGUUUCCGGCAGGGCGAAGAGUUUCGUUUUGAUCAGCAUAUGCAAGAGCCAAGGCAUCCUUUUGAGAGACCCCAGCCGCCGCGUGAUGAUCGGAGAGGGCUGCUAGGAGUUGUCCCAUGGGAAAGAGACGAUAAUAGGCGUCCUUAUGACUUGGAUAUAGGAAGAAAUGACAGAGUUGGAAGACUUCCCGAUGGAGAUAGAAGACGCUUUGGAGAUUUACGAGACCCAGCUCGAGAUUUUGAAGAUACAAGACCAAGGAGAGAUAGGGAUGGUAACGAUAGUAUCAGAAGACAUGAUGAUGAUAGUAGCCGCAAAGGUUUUGAAGAUGAUGACUGGCGAAGAUAUUCUGAUGAUAAUAGAAAAAGGUUAGACGAUGACGAUGAGAAACGUAGGCAUUUUGAGGGUAGGAGAGGCCAUGAUUCUGAGGAAACUCACAGAAUUCCUGAAGCAGACCGAUAUGAUGAUUAUAAAAGAUUCUCUGCUCCAAGAAAAGAGGGAGAAGUACGAAGAGAUGAAAGUAUCAGAAAAGAAACCGAUACAAGGAGGAAUCCUGAAAGCUCCCGAAAGGAGAUGGAAGAUGGAAGGCAUGGGCGUCUCGACACAAAGAGGGUCGAAGAUCGUGAGCGAGAUGGCAAGUUUAAAGGUGGGUCUCGUCACCGAGAGAUAACUCCACAAGACGAGGCAUUUAGAAGUAAGCCAACUGAUUCACCAGGAAAAGCUUAUAAAAAGUCCCCAAUAAGAGAUAGAAGAGAGAGAGAUGCAGAGAGAAGAGAUAGAGAUAAUGAUAGAAGAGAAAGAGAUGGAGACAGAAAAGAUAACUAUAAAAGAGAGAGGGAAACUGGCGAUAGAAGGGAGAGAGAUAGAGACUACGACAGAAGAUCUCGAGAUUUAGAAAAGAGAGAUCGUGAUGGAGACAGAAGAGAAAAGGACAUAGAGAGAAAAGAUAGAGAUUCCGACAGAAAAGAUAGAGACUCUGAUAGGAAAGAGAGAGAUACUGACAGAAGAGAGAAAGAUUCACAAAAGGGAGAGAAAGAUCAUGAGAGAAAAGAUAGGCAGGAAGAACGCCUCGGUAAAGAUAAGCUAGAUGAUAGAAUGGGUAAAGAUGAAAAUAGGAGAGAGAGAGAUGGUAGAAGAGAGAGGGAUGGAGAGAGACCAGCCCGUAACUCUAGAUGGGACAGAGGUGACAGACUGGAGAGAGAGAAGGAAUUAGAUAAAGGAAGAAGUGAGAGACACAAAGCAAGAUCCCAAGAAAAGGAUGACAAAGGCAGAAAUCAUUCAAAUGAUGAAAAGGAAGAAAAGAAAAAGAAUAAACAGAAAGAUGAGAGGUUAGACAGUCAUAGCAAUAAAGAGAGAGAGAGUAGUAGUAAAGAUGCAGAGAGCACUAGCAAAGUUGAGAAGAAGAAGCAUGAUAAAAAGAAGAAGAAGAAAGAAAAACGUCGAGCUUCACAAGCAUCAACUGAAGCAUCUCAGGGAGAAAUAUCUGGGGACGAAGGAGAAGACAAGAAGAAGAAAAGGAAAAGGGAUAAGAAGAAAAAGGUGAAAGGCCAUGUAGAUGACAAUAAAGAUUUGGAAGAUGAGAAUCAGCCAUUUCAAGGGACUACAAAAUUACCUGACUCAGGAGGUGAAUCAUAUUCAGCGGUGAUGCCUGAGAAUCACAUGUCUCCCGUUGGAGAGAAAACUUGUGAUUCCGACCAGUAUGGCAGAACUCUAGAUGAAGAAAUGGCAACAAAAGAAAUUUGUACACCAUUACCACUUCCACAGUUGUCAAAAUGGGAGAGAGAGGAUGAAGUUCCUGUGACACCUAAAGGGUUAAUUGAAAAGAAAGCGCCAGAAGAGGAAAGAAAGGUCACUGUUGAUAUAAUUAAACGAGCAGAAAAUGCAAUAUUUUCAGGAAGAGGGCUAGUGUCUCGGAAAGUGUUCCUUGAUACCCAAAAGCAAAAAGAACUUGAGGAGGAAAGAAGUCCAACUCCAGAUUGGGAUCGCACAGAGUUGCGCGAGGCAAAAAGGCGUGGUCCAUCAAUUCAGAUUACUAUAUCCUCAAAGACGGAAUCCCAGAUUGGACGCCCAAGGAUGGGAAGGUCUGCACCACCAAGUCCAGACAGAUUAGACGAAAGGCGAUCGACAUUAAAAUCUAAGCGGGUUUCAGAGAAUGAGAGAAAAUCUGAUAGGCAUUCAAGACCAGCUAAACGAUCCCCUAGUCCUAGUGAGAUGCAUAGUGUAAUCAAGAGUAGAAGAAAGAGUGAGAAGGAAGACAAACCUCACAUUAAUGAGGAGAAGAGUAUCAUUGCUAGUCAAACUGUCAGUUCAAUUAGACAUCAAAAGGGAAGGUCUCCUUUACUCGAGACCCAUCCUAUUCCGAGUGACGAACCAAAAGAGACUCGAGAUUCAGCAUUAUUAGAAAAUACUGCCAAAAAUGUAAGUGAUGUUCCUGACCAGAAGGAUCUAAAUCUAAAUAAGCUUUUAUCUGCUGGUGGGGCGUCCGAGUCCAAAAUAUUAAAAACAGAAGAAACAAUUCCUUCACUUGAAGAGCAUACAGAUCAAAAUAUUUCUGUUGUUGUUAAAGCUGAAAUGAUAUCAAGCGAAUGUAACAGCGAGUCUAUCAUUACAGAUGACAGAUUAGAGCCAGAAUUAAUGGAAAAGAACGUAGCAAAUGUGGAAGAAAACGAUACAAAACUCAUUCACGAGGAAAAUAUGGAUGCCACUUCAGAAGCUCCACCUGUUGUCCGCAAAGAACCAGAUGAACUAGAGGAGGGAGAAAUUCCAACGGACACAUCAAGUGAAGGCGUUCACGCCACUGAACCUGCGACCGAGGUUCCUCCUAUUGAAAUGGAGGAAGCUGCUGUUGCAGAAAAUGAGUUGUUAAUGCAAGAACAAAAGAAAAUGCGUUACUCUCCAAUUCGUGUUCCAACGCCCAUUCCGGAAACCCAGCAGGUAAAAGAAGUCAAAGUAAAGGAGAAGAACAAGAAGCGUAAAAAGAGGAAGAGAUCGUCCAGUUCAAGUUCAAGUAACAGUAGCAGUUCGUCAAGCAGCAGCAGUGAAGAUGAAGAAAUAAUAAAGAAGAAGAAGAAAAAGAAGAAGAAGAAGAAGGCAGUAGACAGUGACUCUAGUGAUGUAGAGUCAAAGAGCAAACAUAAGAAGAGAAAGAAGGAUAAAAAGAAAAAGAAGAAAAAGGAAAAGAAGAGGAAGAGUGAGAAGUAAAUGGAUGACUGUGCAUAACUAAUAUAUAAAUAAUGCCAAAGAGAAGACACAAUUUCUUUUAUAAACCUUUCUUAUCGUUAGCACGUGAGAAAAUAGGAACCGAGCGUGCUGUUUCGUAAGGCUGACAACUUCACAAACAUUAUGCUCUUAUUUUGGGUCUCAAAACUUUGUGUUGUGAAUAACUUGUUAUAUAUAUAUAUGUAUUAUAUACCUGUAAUUAACAUAGAAAAAGUGUGAUGAUUUUGUAAAUAUUUGGAUUGGUAUUAUGGUAUUUUGUAAAUCAGUUUAGUGUAAAUAAAAACGACUCUGAUA